AUGGGACGACCUCAACAUAAACGUCUUACCCUUAUGCCCGAGGAGUGCAAGGGUUAUAUGCGAGAACAAAAGCGGCGCAGCGUAUGGCAGGCAGCGGAAGAACUAGAGAGACAAGCCAAGAAAACGAAAAGAUUGGCAGGUGAUGCAACGAAAGUAGACGAGAAUGAGGAUGGUGAGGUAAAUGAGGAAGAGGAGGAGGAUUUUAGCGAGGAUGAGGCGUGUGCGGGAAUACCGAGAGAAGACGACGGCGGCGACGAGGAAGAGGGGAGAAGAGAAGGAAAAUUUGAAGAGGCUCUGUUCAGGAAGACCUAUCCGAACGGAUACCCUUACUACGGACUGUCUUUUGCCUUUCAAUGGACCAAUGAGCCCAGACACCUGAACCCGGGCAGUGUUCGCGAGUACGACCGCCGCGCAUACGCGAGGGUCUCCCCAACAACACAGCCCCGCGGUAAAGACGAUGGACAAACGAAAAUCUCUCCGCCUGAAUACCCUAAAGAUCUGCCGAUUCUUGGAUCAUGGUGCUGUGGCAAAGUAAAUUGCACGAUUCACGAGAAUUCAUCUCGUAAAUUUCAAGAAUCUAACAAGUUCUGGCCAAUCCAGGGGAGAAUAAUACGGAUGUUGCACCGGUCUAGACUUCCGGCAGAUGAUUGA